AUGGCCGAUCAACAGCUAGGAGUGCUAAAGGCACUUGAUGUUGCGAAGACGCAACUUUACCAUUUCACGGCUAUUGUCAUUGCCGGUAUGGGCUUCUUUACGGACGCGUACGAUCUCUUUUGUGUGUCCUUGGUGACCAAGCUUCUUGGCCGCCUCUACUACUUCAAUCCAACGUCAGCAAAGCCUGGCUCACUUCCCCCUCAUGUUGCGGCUGCAGUCAACGGUGUGGCCCUUUGUGGAACCCUUGCCGGUCAACUCUUCUUCGGAUGGCUUGGUGACAAACUCGGACGGAAAAAGGUGUACGGUAUCACUUUGAUCAUGAUGAUUCUCUGCUCAGUUGCUUCCGGUCUUUCCUUGGGCAAUUCGGCCAAGGGUGUCAUGACGACUCUUUGCUUCUUCAGGUUUUGGCUCGGGUUUGGCAUUGGAGGUGACUACCCUCUAUCUGCCACCAUCAUGUCUGAAUACGCUAACAAGAAGACUCGUGGGGCUUUCAUCGCGGCAGUGUUCGCCAUGCAAGGUGUAGGUAUCUUGGCGGGAGGUUUUGUGGCACUUGCAGUUUCUUCCAUAUUUGACAAAAAGUUCCCAUCGCCGACGUAUGAGCAAGACAGGUUUCUAUCAACGCCUCCUCAAGCUGAUUACAUUUGGCGAAUCAUCGUCAUGUUUGGUGCUUUACCCGCAGCUUUGACUUACUAUUGGCGUAUGAAGAUGCCUGAAACAGCCCGUUACACCGCUUUAGUUGCCAAGAACAUCAAACAAGCCACAGCAGACAUGUCCAAGGUCUUACAAACAGAUCUCGAGCUUGAGGAAAGGGUGGAGGAUGACGUCAAGGACCCCAAAAAAAACUAUGGCUUGUUCUCCAAGGAAUUCCUUAGACGCCAUGGGCUUCAUCUCCUUGGGACUACCUCCACUUGGUUUUUGCUUGACAUCGCCUUCUACAGCCAAAACUUGUUCCAAAAGGAUAUUUUCUCGGCCAUUGGAUGGAUCCCAAAGGCAGCCACUAUGAACGCCAUCCAUGAGGUUUUCAAGAUUGCUAGGGCUCAGACUCUCAUUGCCCUCUGCAGUACAGUCCCAGGUUACUGGUUCACAGUAGCCUUUAUUGAUAUCAUUGGAAGGUUUGCGAUCCAACUAAUGGGAUUUUUCAUGAUGACCGUUUUUAUGUUUGCUAUUGCCUUCCCAUACAACCACUGGAUUUUACCAGAUAAUCGUAUCGGAUUCGUGGUUAUGUACUCACUCACAUUUUUCUUCGCCAACUUUGGACCCAAUGCAACUACUUUCAUUGUCCCAGCUGAAAUCUUUCCAGCAAGGCUAAGGUCUACGUGCCAUGGAAUAUCAGCCGCAACUGGUAAGGCUGGAGCCAUCGUUGGAGCCUUCGGGUUCCUAUAUGCUGCUCAACCACAGGAUAAGACCAAGACAGACGCAGGAUACCCACCGGGCAUCGGAGUCAAGAACUCAUUGAUCAUGCUUGGUGUCAUUAACUUUGUUGGUAUGCUCUUCACCUUCCUCGUCCCUGAGCCCAAGGGCAAGUCCCUUGAAGAACUCUCCGGCGAGGCUGAGGUUGAUAAAUGA